AUGCAGAGAAGCAGCACUACCUCACCGGCCAUGGCCCAUCGUCUACGCACAAGCUCUUCGGAGGUCAUCGCCGUCUCAACCCACGCAUUCGACCUUGGCUCCGCUCUCCGCGAGCCCGGUGUCUCUUGCUCGACUCUCACCGUGGGCCGCUAG